ACAGAAUUCUCUUGACUUCUCUCUACAUAUACCCUUAACCUCAUACAAAAACCAAAAUAUUGUGGGUGAUGUUCCAAACUCUUUCGCACCUCCCUCAGCACCUCCCCCACACAAGCCCAACAUGCCCGUUCUCUACUAUGGCCUAGCGGUAGUUGGCACCGCCGCCGUUGUCCUCGCCAUCUACAACCUCAUCAUCAUAAAGUGGUGCGCCGAACACCACCACCAACGCCGCCGCCGCCCCGAGGGAUUGGUCAGAACCUUAGAACCCAUAUCGAGCCGGAGUUUCGACAACCCUAAUAUACACUUGGUGGGAAGUUUUAAAUACAAGAAAGAGCAAGGAGGGGCUCAAGAUCAAGGGUACGAGUAUGAGUGCCCUGUUUGUUUGUCUGUUUUUGAAGAGGGUGAAGAGGUGAGGCAGUUGCCUAGGUGCAACCACUCUUUUCAUGCUGCUUGUAUUGAUAUGUGGCUUUUUUCUCACUUUGAUUGCCCAGUUUGUCGGGCUCCGGUGGAGCUGCCGGUUUUGAGGCGGCACGCGGUGGCGGAUCGGCCGGACAAUUCAAGAGAAGGGCUGCUGGAUACAACAGCCAUCCCUGUUUGAAUGUCUUCUUGUUCUUCCUCUGAUACUUUUUGUUUUUGUCUAUAUAAAAUGAUGUUUUUGUCCUUGGUGGCUUGUGGUUGGUGUGUGUGGACCAAAUGACUCAAUUUGGCUAUUAAAUUUUUAAUUGGAAAAAAUUAUUCUUUUA